GACAACUUCUCUCCUCACCUUGCUAGCUGUUUUCAGCGCUUUCUGUGCUGUGUUGUGCGAUGACGAUCAUGGUGCGGAUGUCGUUUCUUAUGGGGACGAGGAAUUUGCCACGAAAUUAGAAGAGAAAGCUCACUUUGUCAUGUUUUUUGCUCCUUGGUGUGGUCACUGUAAAAGAUUAGCUCCUACCUGGAAUGAACUGGCCCAGCUUUAUAACAAAAACCUGGAGGAGACUGAUGUGGUCAUUGCAAAGGUGGACUGUACCCAGCAGACGUCUCUGUGCUCCAAACAUGGCGUCUCGGGCUACCCCACCCUCAAGUUCUUCAAUCCUCUGGAGGAUGAGCCCAUACGCUUCAAGGGAACCAGGGAUAUUGAGAGUUUUGAAAAGUUUAUCAACGAACAGAUGUCAGAGUCUGACGAACCAGAAGAACCCAAAGCUCCAGAGCCAAAGAAAACCCUGGUUGAACUUGAUGAAACUUACGAGGACAAAAUCCAGAAAGGUCAUUGGUUCAUCAAAUUCUACGCGCCAUGGUGUGGACAUUGUAAACGUCUGGCCCCGACAUGGGAGGAACUGGCCAAAACAUUUGAGUUCAAUGAGAACAUCAACAUUGCAAAGGUUGACUGCACACAGCACAAGACUGUUUGUGACAAACACAGUGUGAAGGGUUACCCCUCCCUGAUCUGGUUCAGCGAUGGAAAGCAGUCUGAGAAAUACUCUGGAUCCCGCUCCCACGAGGACCUGAAGAAGUAUGUCAGCGAUAUGACCAGUAAAACCAAUGGGGAGGCGAAAAACACAGCGGAGAAAGUGCCCGAGUAUGAGGAGGAAGUGGGCAUUGUGCUUUCCUUGGGAGAGAAAACUUUUGAAGAUCUUGUUGGUCAAGGUGUAACCUUCGUCAAAUUUUAUGCACCAUGGUGCGGUCACUGUAAAAAAUUGGCUCCUACUUGGGACGAAUUGGCCAAAAAGUUAGCCAAAAACACAGCUGUUCACAUUGCUAAGGUGGAUUGCACAGAAGAGAGUGGUCUUUGCAGCACAUAUGAGGUGUCGGGCUACCCCACGUUGUUGUUGUUCCGUAACGGAGUGCAGCUGAAGGAAUAUUCUGGAAAAAGAGACCUAGCAUCUUUACAUGCAUUUGUGGAAGAAAACCUUGGUCAUGAUGAACUAUAAUCCUUAUGUAAUUUAAUUAUUGUCUCAGAAUUUUUAUUCAUCUUCCUUUUUCCAGAACCGAAUCAUACAACAUACAUGUACAUCACCAUAUAUGCAUGCAUCAGCUUAUACACUGUACCAGGUGCUUCAGUGUCAAUGUAGUGUACUCAGCAUUGUGGGUCACAGACUUCUUCGUUGACAAAAUUCUCUGCUGAAAUGAAUGAUUGAUGAUGAAAAUUAAUUUUUAUCACUUAAAAAGUUCAGUGGAUUUUUUACUUGGUUUUUUUUUUUUUUGCAGCAUUUUUGAGAAUUACAGUAUUUUGUCAUGAAUUGUUAUCUGUGUUAACAAAAAGCACUAUUUGGGAGAAGUACAUAUAUACUGUAAAUGACCUUAAAUUUUGUCCACAAAAGUGCAUUUUUAGAGGCAAAUAAAUGUCUCAAAAUAGUAAUUUUGGUGCUGAAACUUACAAUGUUCCAGAAGUAUGUCACCCCAUAUUCAAAGCAAGCUUCAAAACAGCUUUCUAAAAUCAAUAGAACUCUCAGAAUUGCGGGAGGG